AUGCUCCCGAUCUACGACCGUGCCUUCGUGCCCGUGGCAAGGCGCGUCACGGGGCACCACGCUCCAGCGCAUCGGCGCUGGCAUCGCCAUGUCCUGCGUCGCCAUGGUUGUCGCGGGCUCGCGGCGCUCGCGGAAGCCAAGCGGCUCCGCGUGGCCAGGGACGCGGGCGUGGUGGACUUGCCGGACGUGGCGGUGCCGAUGAGCCUAUGGUGGCUGGUGCCUCAGUACGUCCUGAUGGGCCUGGCGGAGGUGCUGGCCGAUAUCGGGCUAGAGGAGUUCUACGACCAGGUGCCCGACGCGCUCCGCAGCGUCGGGCUCGUGCUGAGCCUGAGCGCUCUGGGCGCGGGCAGCUACGCCAGCGGCAUGCUUGUGUCGGCGGUCGACUGGGCGACCAGAGGCGGCAGCGGGGAGAGCUGGAUCUCUGACAGCAUCAACCGGGCGCACCUCGACUACUUCUACUGGCUCCUGGCGGGGCUCGCCGCUCUAGACGUGGCCGUGUUCUUGUACUUUUCGAAGCGAUUUGUGUACAGGAACAAGGGAGAAUUGUGA